AACAAAUCCAAUUAAUUAAUUGAUUAAUUAAUUAAAAAAAUCAAUUAAAAUCAAUUAAAAUCAACUAAAAUGAACUCAAUUUCAAUAUCAAAUCUACAAAGAAAAAAAAGCUCUCUUUUAAUCCCAAUCAACGAAGAAUCUUUUGAUCCAAUAAAAGAAAACUCUUCAACUCAACUGUCAAUUCUAACAAUUAACAAUAAUAUUAAUAGUAUUAAUAAUAAUAAUAAUAACAUUAAUAACAUUAAUGACAUUAAUAAUAUUAGCCCUACAAAUAAUACUGGUAUUAAUCUUAUCAAUAAUCCUACUUAUAACCCUAGUAAUAAUCCUAGUAAUAAUCCUAGUAAUAAUCCCUGCAUUAAUCCUAAUCCUAAUCCUAACAAUAACAAUAACAAUAACAAUAUUAAACCUAAUAAUAAACUCAACAACAAUGCAAUAUCAAACUCAUAUGAAAACAUAAACAAUAUAUCCUCCAAUCUCAUGUCAAGAAGUAGCAGCAUAUCCCAAUACUCACUUAAUGACCACUACUCUAAUAUCAAUAAUCCAAAUAACACCAACAACGCCAUCAUUAACAACAACGCUAACACUAACGCCAUCACCAACAAUAAAGCCAACAAUAAUAACAACUUUAAUUCAUCUCUUAUCUCCUUAUCUUCUCUCAAAAUGAACAACAGUUCAAAAAUUAAACCAAAACUAAAAUCAAAAUCAAAAAAGAAAUCCUCUUCAAAACACCCGAAAUUGGUUCAGCUAAAAGUCGAAAAGGAAAUAGUCGACUCAAUCCCAACUCUCAAUAUUCCAUUUCAACUAAAUACAACUUCGAUUUUAAAUCUAAAUCAAAAUCAAAUCCAAAUCCAAAACCAAAAUCAAAUUCAAAAUCAAAAUCAAAAUCAAAACCAAAAUCAAACCCAAAGCCAAAUCCAAAUCCAAAGCCAAAUCCAAAGUCAAACCCAAAUCCAAAACAUAAAUCAAAAUCAAUCCCAAAUUCAAAUCCAAAAUCCAAUCCAAUCCCAACUCCAAUUCCAAAAUCAAAAUCAAAUAACUGUCCAAAAUAACCCAAUCACAAUCCAAAACUCAACUUCAAAUUCAAACUCAAAUCACAAUUCCAACUCAAAUUCCAACCAAAAUUCAAAUCUAAACCUCAAUCUAAUUGAAACAUCAGAUUCAGACUUUAACAACACAAACAAUGCUGGCCCUUACAAUACUCCGGUCUUUACCAAUUCGUUCCUAUACAAUAAUUCCCCCAUAAAAUUAAACAAAAUGUCUUCCUCAAAUGCUUUACAAUUCAAUUCAAUCAAUCAACAACAACAACAACAACAAAUCAACUACAACUACAACUACAACAGCGACACUGACCAAUUCCCUGUUUCUCCUUUAGUUCCUCAAAACUAUAACUACACAUCAAGAAAACUAAGAUCCUCAAAUAUACCUCAAUCACAACAGUUCCAAAAUGAUAACUCCUCAAUUUAUAGUAACUCGUCCUUUUAUAACAAUAACACCAACAACAACAACACAAUUCACUCGAAAAAUUUCGCUCAAAAGAAUCAAAAAAACUCAUCCAUAUUUCCUGCCUUCACUUCAACCACCGUCAGCGAAACAAAUUCAACCGAUUCUGAUGAAACUUUUGUUUACGAAUCUUCUCAGGAUUUCAAUAAAAGACUUAAAAAUCUUAAUGAUGAUCAAAAAUCUCAAUUGCUAAUUAACCAAAAUCAAGAAAUCCAAAAUCAAGAAAUACAAAAUCAAAAUCAAAAUCAAAAUCAAAAUCAAAAUCAAAAUCAAAAUCAAGAAAACCAAAACCAAAACCAAACCGUAAACAAUAACUCUAUUCACAAUUACAACACAAGCUCUAACCCAACAAUCAAAAGAAAUAACAUUCAGAGACUCAAUUCCUAUCUCACAAACCCAAACAUAAACCAGCUAAUCAACAACAACAUGAACCAUUCAAACUACAACUCUGAUGCUGAAAACGAUAACAAAAGCACUCUAAGUCUUGCAGAUGUCCUCUCACCACCUCCUCUUCUCACUACAACCUCGAACUUCAGCAGCACUCUUAACACCCUCGCCAACAAUUCCAAUGGUCCUCCUUCAACAUUUGCUAGAAAGUUCUUCAUGACAACCCCCAUCUUGGCUCGCAGAAACUCCAAUAGAGUUCAAAGUGGCAUCAGUGACCCAUCAAAACCACAGACUUUAUCCUCUGUUACUUCACCCAAUGCAAACCAAAUGCUGUCCUCCACAAAAAAGAGACUCUCUCGAACAAAUCUCUCCAACUUGGCUCUCACAAACCCAAGCAUCAUCAAUUUGAUUCAGGAGCACAAUCCACGCAGGAACAGCAGCUACUCCUCCAAUAUCAAACGAUACCACUUCAACCCCAGCUCCGGAGAAUCCGACAGCGAUUCUUUUGAGAAUGAGUUUUAUAUCAACGAAAACACCCCUUUGAACCUCGAUAUCAAUUCUGUCAAGGGCUGUCAAGAUCAAACUCAACCUCAGUCUCAACCCCAAGGGCAAGGUCAAGAGCAAAGUCAGAGCCAAGUUCAAGACCAACCUCAAAACCGAUCCCAAAAUCAAAGUCAAAAUCAAAACCAAACUCAGGACCCAGGUCAAUCUCAAUGCGAAUCUCAAAACCAAAAUCAAAACUCUCCUCCAAUACCAAACUCUCCUCCACAAUCACAACCAAACAAACGACUCCUGUCAAAUAUCAACAAUAAUCAAAAUUUGACUUUCCACGAAACUCUUUCGAAAAUAAGUGCUAAAGAUACAUAUAAAGGUACUCGUACUCGUCCAAAUUUAAAUAUAAACACUUCAAACUAUGAUAAAACUGCUACAAAUUCACCAAUGAAAACUCCCUUAAAAUUUGCUUCCCGAAGAACAAACAGUUACUACUAUGGUGCCACUCCCCAACAGCCACCCAACAACAAUGGCUCUUAUUUACUAACUCCCUCACUUUUAAAUGGUGACACAUUUUAUAAUGCCAAAUCCAAUAAUCCUACUGAUAACGGCAAUAAUUCUUCUAUCGACUUACCUUUCUCAACUCCAUUAAACUCAAGACCAAGAUUGAUAAGAAUCGAUGAAAGCAAUAAUAAUAAUAGAUAUUAUAAAUCAUCUUCUAAAAAAAACCAUAAUUUUUUAUUGAGACUAUUUUUAAAUAUGCUAAUGUUUUUGCUUGUUACUUUAAUCUUUUUAUUUUUUAUAACUUAUACUCAUUUAAGCAAACCUUUAAACCAUUUAAAAAUCGACAAAAUUAAUCAUGUUUUAAAUGCCGAAAAUCUUUUAAUGUUUGACUUAAAUAUAGAAGCUUAUAAUCCCAAUUGGAAUGACAUUAAAAUAUUUCAUGCUGAUUUGGAUAUUUUUGCUAAAACUGCUUAUGCAAAUGAUCCCGAUGAUCUUGAUGACAAUAAUGGUGAAAAAGAUAACGACCCAAGGGAUUCAGAUGGACCCAUUGAAGAAACAGUUUUAUUGGGAAAUGUUUUAGAAUUAGAUACUCCAUUUGAUUUUCCUGGUGUUGUUUCAUUUGGAAGUUUAUUUAAUUAUUCAACAGAUAUUCCCGAAAUUUAUAAAAGCACUGGUCAAGUUAAAUUAGUUAACCCAUGUGCUCCGAUAAAUGAUGAUAAGAAACAUACCAUUGAUGAUGGUAGUCAAACUGAUCCAAUUGAUCAUGAUCCCGAUAAACACCAUCAUGAUGAUGAUGACGAUGAUGAUGAUGGUGGGGAUGGUGGAGAUGAUGAUAAUGAUCUGUUUGAUUUCUCAAAAUUUUUGAAAAAACUAAGAAAAUUUAUUAAAGAAAAACUAGGCAAUUUUUGUUUAAGUGAAGAUUGCUCAGAUAGUUUAGAUGAUUUAAAAUUAACUAAAUCUGAAAAUUUCAAUAUAAAAAACUCGACCAAGUUUGAUCUAGUUUCUACAUCAUAUAAUCACUUAGAAAAACCAGAAAUUAGAUGGAAAAGAAUUUCAUCUCAUCCUUAUCUUUUAAUUGUCAGAGGAAUGCUUAAAUAUAAAUUACCACUUUCAAACACAUGGAGGUUAAUUAGUAUUUAUGAAACAAUAAAUGUGAAUGACUCCUAAACUCACUUUUUUUAUUCAAUUUGUUUAUCCUUUCAAAUUCUUCAGUCCACAUUUUUUUUUCUA